AUGUCACUCUCCACGUGCGGUCUAGCCGUUUUCGGGUGCGUCGCGGUAUUAGUAUUACAGGCCGCCGUCGAUUCGACUGACGCUUUACCGACCACAGAUCUAUCGCUGCAGUCAUCCACACCUCUGUCGCUGUCAUCGCGAGACGUCGAAGACGAAGUACAAGGCACGAGUGCCCUGACCACUACGUCAACCGAUGUAGUGGUUGGUGAUUAUGCGCUCAAGGAUUUGGCUUUGGUGGACAGUGAAAAAGGCCACGUUAAGCCUAUCAAAAAAAAGAAACCUUUGGGCAAACACAAGAAGAAAAAGAAUUCGUUCAAAGAUAAAUUCUUGCCUCUGCUUUUAAUACCAUUUGUUAUUCAAACAAUGCUCAUACCGUUUUUCAUAAUGAAACUGAAAUUGUUAGCUUUGAAAGCAAUGGCAGUGGGCAAGUUCGCAAUUCUGUUGAUCGUUUUUAAUAUGAUGCGUAAUUGGUCACAAAAUGCACACAGUACUUCGAUUCGUGGUUCAACUGGGGAUUCAAUGCUCAUGGCUCAAAAUUACGGUUUCAACGGUGUUCCGGAAUUCGGAGCAAUAUUUAAUGGCCGUUAG